AUGCCUGUGCUAAAUGAUGAAGCUUCCUGCGCUCCGCUCAGGAGUCGUCUCUCAGGUCGUGAACCACCGCAGUUGUUAAUUAAACGCAAGCGCCUGCGCAUUCAAAUGUCUGGUGGUAAAUCAAAUUCUGAUAAAUCAAUGAACCGAUGGAUCGAUAAAUCCAUCUUCGCCUCGUUUUCCAAGACAGACAUUUCACAUGUCAUUUUCCUUGGUCCUCGUGAUUUCUCGACUGAGCCUCUCUUAUCACGCUUCGCCUGCUAG